AUGAAGUUGCCUCCUGGCUGCGAGCCGGUGUCAGGAAAGGUCGUCCGUUUAGACAAGAGGUUGUAUGGACUGAGGCAGGCAUCUAGAACAUUUCACAAGAGACUAGUGUCGGACCUGAUGACAAUUGGUUUUGAGCAGUCUCUGUCUGACCCGUGUGUUCUCCGUUUCAUAAUGAGGGACGAGAUGAUGGGUAUGGUCGCGAUUCAUGUGGAUGACAUUCUUCAUGCAGGAAUUGAGAGGCUUGCCAAGAUGGUUGUGGAAGCGCUAGGUGACUCUUUUCCCACGAAGAAUUUGGGCGAGGUCAAGUCCGUGAUGGAGGAUGAGGAGGCAGGGGAUGUGCCGUUCCGAGAGGUGGUGGGGAGCCUGAUGUGGAUCGCCAACCAGACGAGGCCCGACAUCUCAAAUGCUGCGCGGGCAGUGGCGAGGCACUCUCAUGAGCCAAAGAAAAGCCACUGGAAGGCGGCCCAGAAGAUUCUGAAUUAUCUUCUGGAGACGGCACAUCACACUUUGAAGUGCAAGCAGGAUGAUACGGUAGAAGUAGGCACGUUGGUGUACGUAGAUGCCGACUUCGCUAGCAAGGCCACUGACCGUAGAUCAGUUUCGGGAGCAUUGGUUCUAGUAGCUGACAGUCUUGUUGCUUGGAUUUCUAGGACGCAGAAAUGUGUUUCAUUGUCGACGUCUGAAGUAGAGUAUAUUGCGAUGGGCGAUAGUGUGAAGGAAGCUCUGUUUGUGAACGGAAUGCUAGAGUCCUUAAGGCCUAGUGAGAAACUUGGUAAGAUUCAGGUUAACCUUCUGGUACCCGUUGUUCUUCCCGAGGCCGACACCCGACCUGCCGAGACCUCGAGCGCAUCGGACGGAGGUCUUGUUCGAUCUCCCGUGUUAGUGCCAACCCACGACGGACACCUGCACAAGGUAUUGGCUGAGCUGGAAUCACUGAAAGCUGACAAGGAGAAGCACUCCGCAGAACUGGAGGCACUGAAAGCUGACAAGGAGAAGCACUACGCGGAACUGGAAGCACUGAAAGCUGAAAACAAAGACCUCCAGGGCCAGGCAAGCAAAAUAAUCCAUCGCUUCGGUAUGAUGAAAGGCCCCAUUCCCAUGAGACUACGAGCCUCGCUAUUUUGAAUGAGCCCUCUGACGACCUCGCCCUGCUGCUUGAGGCAAGCAUCUCAGAACAAAGUCUCUGCCGUUUGCAUCUUUUGUUGUUACUCCGUGUUAAGUUGCCACUUUCGAGAAACGCCUCCCAAAGUCUCAAGGUGGCCCGGGCGACUCCGUGGAUGCCGGUGAGUGUUGGUGUUGCCUCCCACCAUCUGUCGAGAGAGGAGAAGGGCAGCUCCUCGCUCAGGAGCGAAAGACAAGACCUUGAAUGAAUUCAUGCACGACAUGGAGAACCCAGGUGCGUUCUUGACGUACACCAGUAUCUGCGGACUCCCAUGGGCUCAACUCGUUUUCGGAACAAAAGCAUGACCUAGGCCACCGAAUGUGAACUGGUGGUCGACCUAAUUUUUGCGGCACGGAAAACUGUGUUCAUGAUCUGUCCGAUGACUGCUGAUGGUUGAAACCUUGAACAUGAUGGCAGUUUUUUCAUAGCAAUAGGAUUCGGGUUGAGUUCGUGACCAUUGGCCGACUCACGAGGAUUCUGCCAACAAGACACCCGCCGGGUUGUCCGCAACCAACCUUUCCUUGCGAUGAAAAGCCCGUCAUUUCAUUGCGACCGCUUGCGUAACUCCCUGUGGCAAUGACGGCGUGUCUCAUGCUUGUUUUCUUGCAUCGUUGGUGCAUGAAAAACAUAAAAAGAGUGUUUUCCUCAUGGCCCUACAUGCCCUUCUCUUUCGGAAGCGUUUCCCGCCGUGAACUUGCAGCUCGUGCGGCAGAUCGGCAGACUGUCACUCUCGACGAACAUCUGAUCACCGAGGCCCGUGUCGAAGAAGUAGGCAGAGACGGGCCUUCUGGAUGCACGAGUCGUUGCAUUCAAAGAAGGAAACCGAGGCGAGAAAGAAGAAGGGAUUUAUUUCACGCUUGUGCGGCUGUUGCUGAUUGGGAAACGGUAGCCGUGGGAUCUGGACUCAGCGAAGACCUGCGAUAGCGGACCCCGUACAGCCGACCAGCAGCCCCGAUGUUGGGCUGGUUCCAUUUCCAUGCGGAGGAACCUGCGAGACUUAUUGCGAGUGAUGUUGGCAUCGGGAAACGCGUGCUUAUGCUCUCAUGCUCUCAUUCCAUUCGGGGUUGAAAGGGGGAUAGAUAAUGAGUGUCGAUCACCAACUUCCUUCCCAUAGAGUGAGGCCCCGCGGACUUGCUUUUGGUCGUGACGUCCGGUACGCGAACGAAGGUGAAUAAGUGAUU